UUCUUCGAGGAUGCCAUGGAGUCAGAUGACCUCAAGCAGUAUGUGGACGACACAAAGAAGGAGCUUCUUCAGGCCAUCUCAGCUAUUUCCACAAACGUCGGCUCCCUUGGCAAGCUGGUCAACGACUCCGUCGGUGGCCUCAGCAGACAAGUGGAAGCACGUAUGUCAGGACUCGAACGCACACAACGUGAGCAGGAAGACGAGAUGGCACGUAUGUCGGCAAGGAUUACCCGCCUGGAAGAGAUUCUGGGGAUCAUGCAGAAGGAGGUACCACAGGCGGUGGUGGACCCCUCCUCGAACGAAUUCGAUCGCCAGCCAGACCCCGCGAUUCUCGUCAUCAGGUGCAAGAGUUACUCGACCAAGGAGUCAGUCGCAGUGUCCGUGGUCAAACCUAUCAUUGAAAAGAACAAUAUUCCUCACAGCGAGGUGCAAUUUGAAGGAGACCCCGCUGGAAAGAGAUUUGUGCUCCGCAUCAAGGGAUCUCCAGCGUACGCAGCCCGUCGAGUGGGACAAAUUAUCGGCAGCUUCAAGAUUAGUGCGCAGGAGUGGCGACGAUUCAGCGCGAUGGACUCCCAGAACACUCCUUCUGAGGUCUUCGUAUCGGUUGACAAGUCGCAGGCUCAAGUCAAGCGCGAGAUCGUCGCAAAGCAGCUCAAGCGCGUGCUUUCAGAACUAUAUCCGCAGCAUCACUUCCACAUUGACAAGGCGAAGGGCGAGGUCAGCCUGCAAUGGAAGCCCCUGCUCCGCGGCGUUCCUGCUCAGGGCAACGAGGUGCCGACGAUCGAGUACGCCGAUGUCAAUUUGCAGCACUUCAACCUCAGUCGCACAGACAUCGAGGCCGAGGUGGCGCAGGCUCUGUUCCACCAUAAGCAGAAGAUCAAGGACCGCAAAAUCCGCUACGCUAAGUCUCUCCUGGGACCUGGUACCAUCUUGGGGAUUCAGGAGUCUCGCGGGUCAGAGGCUGAAAUCAAGGAUAUGCUGUUCCACAUGCAUCGCCCGUUCCAGGCGUUCUUUUCUCUUUUUCCUGUCUCUGCUCAUCCAGCUGGCGGGGUGAUUACCAUCUUGCCAUAUUUCAACAAGACUCACGGUGCUGCGAUGCGCCCAGUAGUCACUCCGAUUGAGCUUGUCAGGGGCCGUGCGGUGAAUGUUCGAGUUUUGUUCCCAAAUGGUGUUUGGAUAUCGCAUUUCAACAUUCAUAAUCACGGAUUGACGUCGGCUCAGAGCAACUACAUCUUAGAGACUAUCAACAUGGACUACAGCAAGGCCUCGGAGGACCCCCUGAACGGCUUCAUCCUCGUAGGUGGCGACUUCAAUUUCUCGGACGAGCCCCCGAAGGCGCUAGAUGACCUCUCCCUCUCCAAGCUUGGUAUUGCCCUCUCUCAAGACCCAGAGAAUAUCCCCUCCCAUGACCCCGAUAAGCACUCGUCCCAGCCCAUCCGCUCUGGAGGCCCCUGGAAGGCCACUCUCAAGAAGCUCGUCGAAAUCGACCCUGGAGACCCGACUCAUUUCUGCGCCGCGCGGGGGACUCUCGGGAAACAGGAUAGGUUAUUCGUGUCAGCGCCAGGAUGGUGCAUCACCCAGAUGUGCACGGGUGCUCGCGUCCACUGGUACCCCGAGGUGCUUGCUAAGACAAAGCUGUCCGACCAUGCUGCGAUCAGCGUGAUCCUCGCACCUCGCUCUCAGACGCCGCCUAAGGAUCGACGAAUCCAUCGAGAUAUCUUCAAGCGGCGCGAGUACCAGCAAUUUAUUGAGUCCGUGCUGGCACAAGCAGUUUGGAACCAGGACAUGGUGCUGGCCAGGCGCAUUGUAUUGUCGCACCCCUUCGGCCGCAAGUUUCUCAGCCUAGAUGUUAUGCAGCAGAGCGUGAGCAUCGCUGACCCGAUCAGGUUUCACGCUGAGGCGAACGAGGCCAACUUGGCAAUGCUCCACUCGGCACAAGCAGAUGCCAGACAGCGACUUCAAGGUGAUCCUCCGACCCUCGAGAGGGCCAAAUUGGCCAAGCGCACCAAAAGCCUUCAGAUUCGGGCUCGUCUUUGGUCUCCUUUCGAUAGAAAGCUCCCGCUGCAGGGCCUCAGGACGGCCCAGGACACGGUCGCCUCGAAGCCGAACGAGAUUUUGUCAGGUCUGGCUCAGCAUUGGGGUUCAGUUUUUGCGAAGUCGAAGAUCGACAAGCCUGCCGCCUUCCAGUGCGCCCAGAGAUUCAAGCCAAGCAUCGAUCUUUCAGGGCUGCCGCCACCUUCGGAAGCUAGUAUUGUUCGUUUCCUGGACAGAGUUUCGCCGAGCGCGCCUGGACCAGAUGGCCUGCCUUACUGGGCCUGGAAAUGUCACCCCGAGGGCCCGAAGGUUUUGUGCAGUACGUUGGGCUGGGACCUGGCUGGCAACCCUCCCCUCUUCGGUUUCAACCAGAUGCUUGGCGCUUUCUUGGUCGAGGGCUCUGAGCCCGAG